UCAGCGAUCCGCAUAAAAGAGUUUAAAUCACAAUGACAACAAAGGACGAAACAGUCCUAUACGCCCCUAUUCCCUCGCCGGACAUUCACUCCGACCACCAAAACUACGUCGUUUUACCAGUCUACCGUCGCCGCCGACCUCCUCUCACCGACAACUGCAGCUUGUAUCUCCGUCGUGGCAUCGGCCUAUCAGCUUCCGUUCUCCUAUGUGCUGCCGUCGUCUGGAUCCUCUUCCCCUCCGACCCUUAUCUCUCCCUUGUCCGUCUCCGUCUUAAUCAAAUCAAGGUCCGUUCUUCUCCUCACAUAUCCCUCGAUCUGUCUCUCUCGCUGACUCUUAGAGUCCGCAAUCGCGACCUCUUCUCUCUCGAUUAUUCCUCUCUCGAUGUUUCCAUUGGCUACCGGGGACGGCAACUCGGCAUUGUUACCUCCGAUGGGGGACAUGUUAAGGCCAGGGCUUCGUCCUAUGUUAAUGCCACGCUUGUUCUCGACGGGUUUGAGGUGAUUCAUGACGCUUUCUAUUUGAUUGAAGACUUGGCAAGAGGUUCAAUUCCUUUUGAUUCUAUUUCGGAGGUGAAAGGGACUGUGGGUUUGUUUUUCCUUAAGAUUCCGAUUAAGGCUAAAGUGUCAUGUGAAGUAUGUGUAAACACAAGCAGCCAGACAAUUGUUCGUCAAGAUUGCUAUCCAGAGGGGAAUGAGGUCAAUCCGUGGGUACGACAAGCUGGAGUCAGUAAACGGAGAUAAGAGCAAGCCGAUAUGGAAGUGGGUGUGGAAGAAGGUAUUGAGAAAGAUGUUUGUUCAUAAUAAUUAUCUGCAUUCAUGGAAUUACAGAAGGAAUUUUCACGUCCCAUAUGACGAAUGUAGUUAUGCCAAGAACUUUGAUCAGGAUUUGGGGUUGUACAACAGAUACAUUAAUGAUAAUGAAGGAGAUGCGGCCGGAUCUGGUCCGAUCUCUUCAGUUCAAAUUAUUCAUGAGUAGAUCAUAUUGUAUGCACUUUUUUCAUCUAGACAUCGAAAAGAGCUCUCUGUGCUCAUUUUUCUCCUCCUUACUUUAUCUUUUUCAUUCUUCAUCACAAGCAAUCUGUUUAAUUUAUUCGAUUCCAUAAUUUUAUUUGUUGGAUGGUUGUAGACACAGACGUAGAUGGAUGUAUAUGAGUGCGUAGAUCAUUGAUCUGCACUCUGCUGCUAA